AUGGCGUUAAUCAUGUCGUUUGUGUCGGUCGCGGUGUCUAUACUUUACACGCCGUUCCUUCUUCUCAUUCUGUGCAUAAUAUUCCUGGCUUCUAUCGGCAAAUCCUUGGGCGUGCGUCGGCUAUAUGUGAACGUAUUACUCAAACUUUUCGAGUAUGGCCGCCAACACAUCGAGGUGGCAAAGAAGCUGCAACGCAGCGACAGCUCAGACGACGAGGAGCCCCCCGUGCCGGACGACAAGCCGCCGUCCGCCAUCUUUAAAGAGAACGGCAUCAACGGCACGAAGAUGACAGUGAUAGAGCGAGAUGAGAUACUGGGGCCCUCGCCGGAGCUCAAUUACAAGAGAAGCACAAGCCAGGAAAGGGUUUCUAACGGAGUGCGGCCUGAUAGCACCGGGAAAGGGGAAGGGACGAAAGAGAACAACCUGGAGUUCCACCUCCACCACUGCAUGGACCUUGUGAAGGCCGGCAUGGAGUCCAUCAUCGAGGACCAGGUCACAUCCGUCUUCGAGGCCGAGGAGUUGAGGAGCUGGAACCUGCUCACCAGAACCAACAUGCAGUACGAGUUCCUAUCCUGGCGCCUGACCAUCAUCUGGAUGAUGGGGUUCGUGGUGCGCUAUUUCUUCCUGCUGCCCUUACGCAUCAUGAUCUUCGUCAUCGGGAUAAUAUUCAUGCUGACAAUGACAACUGUCACCAGCACGCUGCCGCCCGGCAGAAUACAGCGAUUCAUAGGCAUGAUGUCCUAUAUCAUAUCAAUACGGAUCUUGAUACGUUCUUUAUCUGUGGUCAUAGACUACCACGAUAAACAGAACAUGCCUAAAGGCGGAAUCUGUGCUGCCAACCACACGACAACAAUAGAUGUGGCAGUGCUAAGCUCCAAUCAGUGUUUCUCUAUGAUAGGACAGCGGCACGGUGGUUUCCUAGGCCUCCUACAGAGGGCGCUGGCUCGCGCCUCCCCCCACAUCUGGUUCGAGAGGUCCGAGGUCAAGGACCGGCACGCCGUGGCCAGGAGACUGAAAGAGCACAUAUCAGUCCCCGACAACCCUCCGAUCCUGAUCUUCCCGGAGGGGACCUGCAUCAACAACACUUCGGUGAUGCAGUUCAAGAAAGGCAGCUUCGAGGUCGGCGGAUGGAUCUACCCCGUUGCCAUUAAAUACGAUCCCCGUUUUGGCGAUGCAUUCUGGAAUAGCUCACGCUACGGAAUGUUACAUUAUCUUCUCAACAUGAUGUCUUCUUGGGCCAUCGUCUGUGAUGUAUGGUACCUACCCCCCAUGAGGAGGGGGGAGAGAGAGGACGCCGUCGCCUUCGCCAACCGCGUGAAGGCUUGCGUGGCCGCUCGAGGGGGUCUUAUAGACCUGCAGUGGGACGGCCAACUAAAACGCAUGAAGGCGAAGAAAGAAUGGCGAGAAAUGCAACAAGAAGAAUUCAGCAAACGGUUAAAAGGCGAAUGAAAAUACCUGGUAAAAGUAACAGGUAAAAAUACCUGAUAAAAGUAACAGGUAAAAUACCUGGUAAAAGUAACAGGUAAAAAUACCUGGUAAAUACCAGGCGUUACCUGGAACAGGGAAAUGUACUGAGUGUUAAUACUUGUGACUUAAAAGUGAGUGAGCUAUGAUUAUGCCUAGUAUACGUUUUGUAUGGAAAAUACCUGUUAGUAUUUUAUUAGUUACGCUUUGAGCGUAUUGUGUAUAUUUGAAGCCAUAUUGCUUAGGUAGUAUGUUUUUUUAAUAUGUGACGUUUUCAACUAAAAGGUACCACAUUGUCGGUUGUUGAUAAGGUUGAUUUUAAAUUCAAUUUUUAUGGAAAUAGCACCUUACUGUCAAGCGACAAUAAGUACCCUUUUGAUUGAGAAUGGCUCAUAUAUAAUGUAAAGGAGGUUGAGACGUAGCUAAAUAGGGAAUAUUACUGCAAUGUCCUGCCGCCAGAGUGCAGCACUAGAGCACAUACUAAACCAUAGAGUAACUUAUACAAACUAUGCCUUAUACAGUUUUUUUUUUAAGUUUUCACUAUUCCAUUGAUGCACAAGGCGGUUUGUUUUCAGGUGACCGCGAAACUCGAAAAUCUAAAUUUCGUCAUCUGCCUCUCUGAUUGUGCUAGUGACGCCCUCUACGCAAAGUUUUGCGUAAUAUUCCCUAUUCAUUCUUAGGGGGCUACAAAUAUUACGUAGCGCAAUUUUCGAAAAAAAAAAUAUUCAUAUAAAAUUUGGGCAGCAUAGGAUUUUUGUUCUCUUUCACUCUUAUAAUAAGAAGGAGAAAGAAAGCUCGGCCGAAUGACUACCGAAGCAACAUGACGAAUAUGGAGGGUAGAGGUAAGGAGAAAACUCUCAGGGAGAACAGUUGCAAAAGGGUCCAGUUGUCAGUUAUAAAUAGUUCCAAAUCUCUCCAGAGUGGCGCUAGAGUACUAGAGUAGCUUUCAGCUUAGCCGUUAUUUGACGGAGUGAAGUGUGCUGUCAAUGAUUUGAAUUUUUUAUCAAUUUUUUUUUUUAUUUUUUUUCUUUAGGAACAUUCUUACACAAAUUGAUCCCACGGUAGGCUCAAGAAGGUUUGAGUUGUGGGUAUUCAGACAACGAUAUAUGUAAUAUACAAAUACUUAAAUACAUAGAAAACAUCCAUGACUCAGGAACAAAUAUCUGUGCUCAACACACAAAUAAAUGCCCUUACCGGGAUUUGAACCCAGGACCAUCGGACCAACGGUAGAUGGCGCUACCACGAUCAACAGUACUCUGUGUGACGUCUCGAGCUUAAAUAAACAAAAAAAUAGUUUUUAAUGUGUUUUUGACUUUAAAGUGUGUUCAAAAUGACAACAAUGGACCAAUUCGCAACAACAAGUGUUAUUUAUAAGAACUGAUCAAUAGAUAAAAUGAAAACGGUUCAUAAAAUUUAGGCAGUGACUAAGUGUUUUUGAGUGACAAUAUCAAGAGUUCGUGGAUUUUUGUGACUAAAUUCAUAACAUAUACAUUACUAAAGUGUCAAUAAUAAGAAAAAAACGGAAGAAUAACUAUUUUUGGAGGUACAUACAGCAUAAUCUCUAAAUUAAGGCAAAAAAAUAACAGUUUGUUCGACUCGCCUACAAAUAUUGAAGACAGCGCCAUCUAUGAUAAAAUAGCGUUACCACGUGGAUCAAGGUUGUGAUCGAAGGCAAAGAGACAUCUUAGUACACGGAAUCCAUUAAAGAGGGCGCUAACAUUAAAUAACGAUCUAUUUAUAUUAUAGCACCAUGUCCACAAAAACCGUCAAAGUUUUGAGUUCCAGAAAAUCAUUGACUAAAAUUAUUUGCAAAAAAUGCAAAACGACUAUUACCACAAAGGAAUUUUUAAAAUGUUCUAAGUGUAAACAUACAUACCAUCGGAAAUGUACCACUAAUGUUAGCUCCAAGAGGUUUUUACUUAUGACAAUUAAAAAUAAACAGACAUGGAAAUGUAGCAACUGUGUAACAAACCUAAACACAGCAACUAAGAGUGUGACAUCUGAGUCCCAUACUCUUGAAUCGUCAAGCAAAGUAAAUGAUGACUCUUCACAACUAACACCUACCUCAAUACAUAGUGAUUUACCACCCAAAACGUCAUGUACAGCUGACGUACGUGAAAAUAGUCAAAUUUCGCAGUCUACAGAGCGGCAGAGCGACGAGAGUCAACGCCUCCAACAGCAAAAUAGCGGAAUACGGGGAGAGCCGGGAGAGGUGAAACCGCUUGACGAAAAUCAGCCCACUGAGAAGCAACAUACUUCAGAGCAAAACCACUCGAAACAAUUUGAAGAGGAGCAGCGCAAAGUUGAACAUGGCGAGGAGCAGCGCGACGAGGACCCAUGUGUCGACAAUCAGUGCAGUGUGGAACAGUAUGCAAUAGGUACUAACUUGUGUGAGACACAAGAGUCUCCUAAACGCGUUAACACCUCGAAAGCAUUGGAAGAGAGCUCCUGCGAUAGCAAAAUAAAUACCGGUAUCGACUAUGUCACAAAACGAAAGGCUAGGAAAUCUUUCCAUAUUUCGGACGAAAAUCUUGAUAUAUCUACAGUCACGGACGACUCGGACUCUAUGUCAAUAUCAAGUAGUAUACAUAGUAUACAGGAACAGUUAAGUCUGCCCAAUAUACCCGAUUUGAAUAGUUCUGAAAUAGUGAGCUUGCAGUCUGCAAACCAGCAAUUAACGAUACAGCUACUAAGCGCUCACGAAGAAAUUGCUCGCUUAAAUAGUGACAUUACUAAACUAAAAAAUACACUUGACAAUUGCUAUAUCAAAAUAAAUACUUAUCGCAAAAUAUUAAAUGAAAAUACACCUAAUAAUUCAAUUUCAACCGUAAGAGGUAAGAAAAAGAAGAAAACCGCUAGCAAGACUAAAUCUCGAAACUCUAUAUUACCUCUACCCACGAAAUUACAUAUAAGUAGCACGCCAAUCUCGGACUUAGCCCAAAAAGAACUUUCGACGCCUGCGAAUUCCAAGAAACGGACUACAACACCGGAGGCUAAUUCUUCAAAAAGUAUAUCGUCAUCACUCACAAUAGAAACGACGGAACAUAUAGCAAGGCCGAAACUUUGCCUAAUAAGUACUAACAAAAGAAACAAAAUACUGCAAGUGGCACAGAAUGCACUUUCAAACACUUUAGAAAUAUGUCAUUACUUAAUGCCCAAUUGUGGAAUUACAGAAUUGUUUCGUGACAUUAACAAAAAAACCAUAAACUUCACGAAACAGGAUUAUUGCAUCAUCUACAUCGGGGAAGAAGACUUUAAGGAAACUAAAGAUUACCAGGGUUUAGUGAACAUUAUAAGAAAUACUUUAUCAAAAUUAGACUACACAAACUUCAUCAUAUGUUUACCUACAUACAAGUGUAAAAAUACAGGUAUUAUGUUAAAUUGGAGGAUUGAAACUUUUAAUAAUUUACUUUAUUGUGAUAACUUAAAAUACGAGUACUCAUUUUUGCUUGACUCAAAUCUCGAACUGUCAUUUGAGUACGAUAUGUUUAGCAGAGCGUCUGGAUUUGUAAAUAACAACGGUGUAAAACAGAUAUUUCAAGGUAUCAAGAAAAUUAUCUUGUAUAUAGAGCAAUUUAACAAGUUCAACCAACCGGAACAAAAAGUCUCGCCCAAAAAAUAUAAUAUAGGUGCACAGACUGACCCCUCGUCUCCUGUAACAAAUGACCCUAAUAUAGCAACGCACUCUCAUUCCUUUCGUGCCUAAAACAAAAUUAAAAACUACAAAAGCUCACCACGAUUAUACUACAAGUUUCCAGUUAUUACACCAGAAUAUAGCUAGUGUCUUAAAAAAACAGGAUGAGCUAGAAAUUGUUUUGGAAGAAUAUUCCGCAAAAAAAGAGCCUAUUAAUAUCCUAUGCCUAACUGAAACUUUUCUUAAAAAAGGAAUGGAACAAAACGUUUGCAUUAACAAAUACAAAAUGGCGGCUUUUUUCUCGCGCCUCCGUGAAAGAAGAGGCGGUUCAUGCAUUUUGCUUAAAAAUGAAUUAGAUUAUAAAACAUUAAAUAUUUGCGCUCAAAUUGCAGAAAACUAUGUAUUUGAAUGUUGUGGAAUACAGAUAGAGCAAACGGGACUGAUUGUUAUCUGUAUAUACAGGACUCCCUCUUCGAAUGUACUGGUAUUCUUAGAAAAACUAAAUUAUCUGCUUUCCAAAAUAAAUAAAAAACAAAGCAAAAUUAUCUUGUGUGGAGACUGGAAUAUUAACAUACUCAAAACUGAUAAGAUAAGUCAAGAAUUAAUUAGCAUUUUGGAAUCAAAUAAUUUUAAAAUUCAUACCGCUGCACCGACGCGACAAUCGUCGUGUAUAGACCUCGUUGCCAGCAACAUGGCGCAGGUAUUGAGUCGAAAUGACCAUUUAGGCUUGUCGGAUCAUAAUACAGGACAGUUUGUCUCAUUUGAUGUAGGGAAACUAAAAUAUCUUAGAAACUGGUACGAAUAUAGGCGAGACUUUAGUGUGGAAAAUACACAGAAAUUCUUCAAUGCUAUACAUUCUUUAUCUUUUCAUAAUUUAUUUACUAAUAAUGAGAUAAAUGCAGCAUUCAAUGAGUUCCAUGAUUUACUAAUCCUGUUUUUUGAAUUAUAUUUUCCGAAAAUUAAGGUGAGAAUUACUCAAAAGACUAAAAACUCGCCAUGGAUAACGAAAGGGAUACGGAAAUGCUGCAAACAAAAGCGCUGUCUCUAUCUCUCUUACAGGAAAUCAACUGCAAGUGAUAAGUCACUUUGUAAAAGACUUUACAUUAACUACUCAAAAACGCUACGACGUUGCAUUAAUAAAGCUCAACGCAUGGUCAACAAAAAGACCAUUAAAACCGCUAGAAACAAAUGUAGAGCAACGUGGUCAGUAAUUCAUCGAAAUAUUAACACCAAGGGAUUUACAAAACAGGUUGACCAAAUAUACAACAAUGGAAAAUUCAUAGAUGACCCCCUAGAACUAGCGGAAGCAUUUAAUAAUUUUUUCAUAGACCUUACUUGUAAAAAUAAUACGACUACAGCGCCUCUACACAGUUCUCAUAAAUACAACCAAAUAAACUCUAUGUAUUUAACUCCCGUAUCGGAAAAUGAGGUGUUAAACAUUAUUUUUUCACUAAAUAACACAAAUUCAGUUGGAUAUGACUUUAUAAGCACCAAAUUAUUAAAAUUAUGCGCUCAAAAGUUAGCUAUUCCUCUGACGUAUCUAAUUAAUCUCUCUAUCACCACAGGUAUAUUUCCGGAUCGUCUUAAAUACUCGAUAGUUAAGCCAAUAUACAAAAAAGGUAACGCUCUAGACAUGAAUAACUAUAGACCUAUCACUCUUAUCCCAAUAAUUUCAAAGGUGUUCGAAAAAGUGAUUGCUAAAAGAUUAUAUGAUUUCCUACAAAAAAACAAACUACUAAGCACGGAUCAGUUCGGAUUUCAGUCAGGUAAAUCGACGUCUCUGGCUAGUUUUUCUUUAGUUAAAUAUGUUACAGAGUGUCUUGAUCGUAAAGAACCUGUUAUAGCAUUAUUUUUAGACAUGUCUAAAGCAUUUGAUUUUGUAAACCAUAAAACGCUUCUCAAUAAACUUUACGAUUAUGGCAUUAGAGGGAAAGCCCAUGACUGGCUUACUGGCUACCUAAGUGAUAGGAGGCAGUGUACAGAAGUAUCUAAAGUAGUUAAUGACGAAAAAGUCUGUGUCAUGUCUGAAUAUAAACUUAAUCGACGAGGAGUUCCUCAAGGAAGCAUUUUAGGACCAUUAUUGUUUCUUUUAUAUAUCAAUGACCUUCCCGAUGUAACAACACACAAAUGUAUAUUAUUUGCCGACGACACGACUUUAUUGUUUAAAUGUACGAACGUGGAUACCUUUGAAAAUGAGAUAAACGAAACCAUUAGAACCAUAGUAAAUUGGCUGAAUAUACAUGAUCUUAAAAUUAAUAUUAGUAAAACCAAAGCUGUACAAUUUAGAACAAAUAAGAGCCAAGCAUUAUCUUUAAAUGUAAUGUACAAUAAUGUUAAAGUAGAAAUGGUUAAUUCUACUGUCUUUUUGGGAUUAACUCUUGACGAACACUGUAACUGGAAAAAACAUAUUGACCUUGUAUGCACUAAAGUAAACCGAUUUGUGUACGCACUCAAACGGCUAAAACAAGUCGCAUCCCUAGAAACAGCUUUAAACGCCUAUCAUAGCUAUGUGUCAUCUGUGUUACGAUAUGGCGUUAUAAUCUGGGGUAACUCUGUUGACAUUGAUAGAGCAUUCAAAGCCCAAAAAAAGUGCGUCAGAGCAUUAUGCGGUAUUGGUACAAGACAAUCGUGUAAGCCCAUGUUUAAAAAACUUAAAAUUCUUCCUUUGGCAUGUAUAUAUAUAGCAGAAAUAUGCAUUUUUGUAAAAAAACAUUACGAAUACUUUACUUUUAUAGCUCAAGUAAAUCCAAAUGCUAGAGCUUAUCGAUUGAACCAACUUCUUAGUACAAAAAACAAUUUGGCUCUUUAUCGAAAUAAUGUAGAUGGGAUGACAUACACAAUAUAUAAUAAACUGCCACAAUCGUUAAGAGACAUGCCAUUUAUUAAAUUUAGACGUGCAAUUAUAAUAUUUUUAAGCGAGCACAAUUUUUAUAGCGUUAAGGAAUAUUUAAAUGUAGAUUUUUAUUAAUCUUGUGACAUUUUAUUAUUUAUUAAUUCGCCUAUUCUUGGCUCUAAUUUCAAUUUGUAAAUGUAAAUGUUUAAUAAAUUAUUGUAAUUGAUUGUGUAAAUAUGUAAUAUAAUGUUAAUAGGUUUUAAGUUUUAAAUUAUUUUGCAUGCCUACUAUUAUAAGGUAUUGACAUUAUCUGGACAUAAUACUUUUGACUCUACCAUCUUAUCUGUACAUAAUGUUAAGCAAAUAAACGCAUUUCAUUUCAUUUCAUUUCAUUUCGGCUUCACAGGCAGGGUCACUACCCACUGGGCCAGAGCGGUCAUCAAAAUAUUGUAGUCGCAACUUGUUUACACAAAGAGUGUUCUCCUUACCUCUCCCUCCAUAAUGACGAAUGAACAGGGCCUAAAUGUAACUUAAGGAUGUUAGUGUCAGUACCAGAAGUGGCUAAGGGCCACCCCACUAGCGCUUUUUGAGCGUUGGCGUCCAGUCAGCGCUAUGGAAAAUGGCGUCGCCGCGCAGUUGCGCCAACGUUGCGUCGAACAGCAGUCAUACAGUUGACUAGACGCUCGGGACAGUCGGGACACGCUAGUGUGGGGUGUACCUAACGGGUUCAACGUUAUUUUAAGUCUAAAAGCCCCAUACACUCGAAGUUCGGUUCGGUUCAAAUAGUGAACGUUUGAAACGCGUCUAUUACAACAGAUAUGACCGCUAGGUGGCGCUAGCGCGAGCAGGCGUCCGUUCCGUAGCGGUGCGCGGCAACCACUAUGGCUAGACACCAAAAUUGGUGUGGCCCACAUAUACUUGUAGCGACGCGACGAAAUCGCGGAGUGUGCCACGCCUGCUAGGGAGUAAGUUUUUUUAAACGUUACAUCUCUUUUACAAUCUACUGAACAGAUUUUAUUGAAAAAUGCAGUUCGCAACGCCAUCUAGUCCGCUGUCAGAACAACACCAUAAUAUGUACCUAUGUUUUAAGAUGGGCCACUGUUUUAAAAAAUUACCUUGUGGCCGAAAUGGUAUUAAAGGUAUUUAAAGUUAAAGCAAAUGGCACAUUUUGUAAAUGUGAUUAGACUCACAUAUGUCUUUCUAUACAGUCUUAUGCGUAUUUUCGACCGAUAAACCCGUAAGUCGUUUUGAAAAAUCAUUUCUUAUACUUCCUGUAAUGAGGGCUACCGUUUUUGUGCUCACCAGUUGGCGCCACUGUAGAUGUAGGUCCAGAAAAACGGAUCUCGAAAUUCUUCUAUGCUUAUUUUUAUAAAAUCAAUACGUUCUAAUAUACACAAAGGUAUUUUAACGUCUAAAUGUGCCAUUUUUUUAACCUGUUUAAUUUUGCACAUUUUAGUUGGCACUUUUUCCAAACCACUAACAUGUAUUGAGCUAUAUCUAUUGUUUACCAUGAUUAAUCAAAGAUGGACAAAGAUUUACCACAAUUAUGAAUAAGGAGUGAGAAUUCCCGAUAAAAAAGCUUGAAACCCCCAAACUUCUAUGCAUUUGACAUUUUGAAAGACCUCCAUCUACACUAGCGCCCCUAGCGGCGAAAUUAAACGCGGUAGCCCUCAUGUCAUGAGUCUUUUUUUACUAGACUUAUAUUGACCGGGAUAUAGACCGUGAUUACCUUUUGUAUUAUUUGUGAGCUCCCGAUAUCAUCAACAGAACAUGAUGCAUGUAACUGCGUCGAAAUAUCGGGAGCUCACAAACAAUACAAAAGGUAAUCACGGUCUAUAUCCCGGUCAAUAUAAGUCUAGUGAAACUAACCGUGAAUCAUUCAAAACUCUUUUUUUUACUGACAAUUUUAAUCGGAAACUUUUACCUUUUAACUUUUUAAUCUUUCAGACGUUAUCGGUUGAAACUGCGCGAGUAGUUUUCUUAAUGUUUUGACACAAUUUUACCCUAAAAUCAUGUAUUUUUAGAUGAACUGAAUGUAACUGUUUAUAUAAAAGGAUUAGUGUUUAUGGUGCUUCACAUUGGCUGUUAUGAAAUGUGAUAUCCUCCUAAGGCCCAAGGUCCUACCAUAGAGUAACUUAUACUAGAGCGGUACUGUCAUAGUAAAUUUUGUAACCAGGGACCGGACAACCCUUUCCGCGAUAAAACCCUUUCAAUGGGCGACACUUAAACACGGCUAACACAUUGAAAGACUUUCCCUUUUGAACUGCAAGCCCAUUCAUACCCUUACCUUUGACUAACCCUUACCGAAAAGCUAACCAAAAAUAAGGCUAGCUCUUAAUAAGGAUUACCCUUAUCUUUAAGCGCUUUUUAUAAAGGUUUCCCUUUGCGUGAAAGAGACAGGAUUAGUAUAUAUCUACGGUAGUGUAUGAAAAGGAAAGAAAAUACGUGCCUAGUCAAAGAACGCCGCCGUCGCCGCCGACGAUCGCUCGAAUUCGAAGUAAUGUGUGCUUUAUGAACAAGGUAGAUGACUUAAAUUAGCACGCUUAUAUGCUAAAAGGGAAGCCCUUUAUAAGGCUAACCCUUAUAAGCAAUAUGCAAGGUGUUGGUGAGCGGAUGAUAAGGGUUUUGUAAGGGUAUUUGGGCUACCGAUUACUCAAAUGUGGUAGCUUUAUAUAAGGGUUUUUAAAACCAAAACAAAGGGUUUCGUCUGGUAAAGGGUAUGGUGAGUUAAGCCUUAUGCAAUACCCUUAUAAAACCCCGAUAAGGGAUAGCGGGCCGGUCCCUGUUUGUAACCCUAGUAAAUUCACUGCCAUCUGUCGACACACUUUAAAACUAAAAAUGAAGAUUUAUAAAAAUACGAUAGAAUGUAUUUAAAUAUAGAUAAAUGUUUUUUUUUUAUUUGCAUUAAUUAUUUUUAUGAUUUUGACCCAUGUUCUUUCACUGAUAUGCGUAAAAUUGUUUAAUAACAAACGAAACCGUCAACGCCAUCUAUACGACUGUAGGCCAAAACUAGUAGCGCCCUCUGAACGAGAAUCAAAUUUUCUUGAUUUUCGAGGCACUUUUUUUCCUGAGACUGUAUCCAUCUAUUACGGAGUUAUAUCUAUCUUUGGUCCUACCUAUGGUACACUUCAGUUUGAUGAAAUUUAAACCAUAUUCAAUUGGAACAAAAGUCACUUUUGCUUUGAUUUGUUCAAUUUUCCAUCAACGCAAAAUCACCUCUAUUUCCUACACUAUAGGUUCAAAUUUCAGUGAAAUUUGAAAUCUGGAGUUGAAACUCUAGGUCCAUGGGGUCCCAGCGCGCAUAAGUUGUUUGCAGAAAUCGCGAAGCGUCUGGUUGACGUAACUGGUGACCGAAGAGCUGGCGGCUUUCUCGCACAACGUAUCAGCAUUGCGAUACAGCGGGGAAAUGCCGCCAGCAUCCUUGGUACAAUGCCUCAAGGGCCUAUUUUAGAUUUAAGCUAGUUAUUAAUUUCGUUUACGUAGUACCACUGUAUAUAUCUUGUAUGUAAAUAAAUGUUUUUGCCAAUUUCAGUGGCAUAUUUUGGAUUUUUGAUCUAUAUGGCUGGGCCUUAGGAUGAUAUAAUAUCUUGUGACAGGGACUGCAUGUAAGUAUUGAUAUUGUUUUAUUAUCUUGUCCCUGUCGAACAAUGUUAUAACAUAAUAACAUACAUUAUAUGACAUAACAUUAUAUAACAGCAAAGAUAGAUAUAACUCCGUUAUAGAUGGAUACAGUCUAAGGAAAAAACGUGCCUCGAAAAUCAAGAAAAUUUGAUUCUCGUUCAGAGGGCGCUACUAGUUUUGGCCUACAGUCGUAUAGAUGGCGUUGACGGUUUCGUUUGUUAUUUAACAAUUUUAACGCAUAUCAUUAAAAGAACAUGGGUCAAAAUCAUAAAAAUAAUUAAUGCAAAUAAAAAAAAUCAUUUAUCUAUAUUUAAAUACAUUCUAUCGUAUUUUUAUAAAUCUUUAUUUUUAGUUUUAAAGUGUGUCGACAGAUGGCAGUGAAUUUACUGGGGUUACAAAAUUUACUAUGACAGUACCGCUCUAGUAUAAGUUACUCUAUGUAUAACAGCUAAUGUCGGAGCACCAUUGCGCAUGUUGUAUUAUUUUGUAUUUCUAUUGAGCUAUUAAAAAAACAUGUUUAUCGCCAUUUUUUAUUAGAUUUUUGGAAUUAUUAGACAAUAUUCUUAAAAAUUGUAUAACAUUAGCGUUAAAAAUGCUUGUUAUUCUGGGUAGAAAUUAAAAAUCAAAUAAAAUUUCCGAAGUUUCAAACUUUUUGCCGAAACCUAAUUUCAUUUGGUUUUUAGGGUUUCGUACCCAAAGGGUAAAAACGGGACCCUAUUACUAAGACUCCGCUGUCCGUCUGUCUGUCACGAGGCUGUAUCUCAUGAACCGUGAUAGCUAGACAGUUGAAAUUUUCACAGAUGAUGUAUUUCUGUUGCCGCUAUAACAACAAAUACUAAAAAGUACGGAACCCUUUGGUGGGCGAGUCCGACUCGCGGUUGGCCGGUUUUUAUAAAAUCUUAUAGACUAAACAUGGAGAGCCAUCUACAUCACCUGUCAAAUUCUAAUCACGAGUUAGACAUCUUACAUAAUCUAUCUUUGUGAAUGCACUAUUUGUGGUAUUUUCUAUAAAAAGGGACCUUAUUGUCGAUGGCGCUUACGCCAUUAUUAACGAUGCUCGAUAUAAAUACAAUGCCGCGCGACGCUGUGCGGCGUAAGCGACAUCGACAAUAAGGUCCCUUUUCAUAGAAAAUGCCCCAUUUUAUGCGUCUUAAUAUACUCUUGUCUAUGAGACAUUGAAAUUUCACUUGUUACUAUUUUGGUAUUAGUUCGAAAUUAGACUUUAUUGUGAUAGUCAUAACGUCUAAUUUGGAAUUAAACCGUUAGAAAAUGGCCACUACGCAGAGGCGUACAUUUCAGUCAUUUAGAUUGUAUUUAUUUAUUUAUUAUUAGUUUGUAACUGUUCUUAAGCGAUUUUUGAAAUAUUUGUACUGUUUUGUUUUAACGUGUAGACAUUUUUGUUAAUAAAGCAUUCCUAUAGAAAUGA